AUGGGUCGGGAGGUGUCGAGGUGGGGCGGUAGCGGCGUCGAGGAGGAGGUCGAGGAGGAGGAAGUCUGCGAGGAGCGGUCAAAUGACGGCGGGGCAGUUUCUGGUGGUUCCUGGGGCCUCGACGAGCCACAAACGGCAGCAAUCGGGCACAAGGGCCAACAAACAACAAAGAACUCCCACGCAGGCGGACGUGAAUUGGGGAAGAAGGGGGAGACUCGCUCUAACGUGCCACGAUCACACACCGCACCCGCACCCGCACCCACACACACGGCAGCGGCACUGCUCCUUCCCUCAGAUCUGGAUGUCACGUACCUGUGGUCGCGAGGGCUACUGAGGCUAUUGUACGGUGUGAAAGCGAAGCGCGGACUCGCUCGGGCGGACGAUUUAGACUCAGGCUCGGAGGGCGUGUCGGAGGGCGUGUCGGAGGGUGCCGCAGAUCGCAGGUGGCAGGUGGCCUUCUCUCCCACUGCUGCUUUCGAGAGGCUCCUGGGCGGGGGUGGGCUGGAUGCAAACGCAGAAGGAGAGCAGAGCGUGGUAUACAAAGAGAAAGCAGACGAAGAGAGACAGGUGGCUUGGCUUGCUUGGCUUGGCUUGCCUCGUUCGUUUCUGGCUGGUGGCCCCGGCUCAGGGCUGCUGUGUCAGCUGCAGGCUCCAAUUGCCUCACGCCCUGCCAGAACUCCGGACGUAAUACGCCCCGUCAAUACAGGCGAUGGCGAGGGUUCCACGUCGACUCAAUGCCUCAUCGGACGAUUCAUGCCGCCAGACAGCCACUCUUCCUGCCCAAAGCCCAAGGCAUUCAAUCUGAGUGCAGGCAAGUCCCCUGUACGACGUCGACCACCAAAUCACGCAGCAUACACAUGCCACUGCUGUCAAAUUGGGCGACACAGCUUGCUGCGGGGCACCAAGCGGUAA